GCGAGGGGCGAGCGAGAGGGGAAGAGACGAGUUUUUUGCGUGAAGCUUUUUCUGGUUUUGGUGCCAAGGGGAGCAAGCUGUUGAGAUGGCUUCUUCUUUCUUUGGCUGAGGGAGAGCAACCGAGAGAGAGAGCCCUCGGUUUAGGGAGAGAGAGAUUGUGAAAGAGGGGGUUCUGGUUUUUUUCUGCAGCUUCUGGUCGAGAUCUCCACGCGCAGAGAGGGGUAUCUCCUUUUUCUUGGCUAGAAUCGUGGAGCGAGAGAUAAGAGACAAACGUGCGCUACCCUCGAGCUCCGACCGAAGAAGACGACGACGAUCAAUCAUCGCGCUUGGACCUCGACCGCCGACCCUCGACGACACGUUACUCUCCCUACCUUUCCAGCUUGUUGGUUGUCAAGUUUGACUUUUCUUCUAGGCAAGUUGCGGCUUCUAUAGAAGAGGAGUGAGAUCCAGAGAGAGGUGAUGGCCGAUGACGCUUCUUCAGACAAUUGGGAAGGGGUGCAAGCGGCCACAGGACUGGCGCAAGCGGCCACAGGAGGGGUGCAAGCGACCCCCGCCACGGCACACUUCAGCCAAGCCAACGUGGGAGCACCUGGUCACAACGUUCCCAAUGCCAACGUGGGAGAAUGGGCCACCAGUCUUUGUGGUUGCUUCGGCGAUAUAUCGAAUUGCUGUAUCACCUGUGUCUGCCCGUGCAUCACGUUCGGCCAGAACGCUGAGAUCAUAGACAGAGGAAACAUCACUUGUAUGCGUGCCGCGUCUUUGUGCUUGCUGUUAAGCCCUUCAGGGAUUUGUUCGUGCUUCUACACAUGCACUUACCGGACCAAGCUCCGCGGCUUAUACUCAAUCCGUGGCAGCCAGUGCGGAGAUUGUUUCGCGCACCUUUGUUGCCAGCCAUGCGCGCUUUGCCAAGAGUAUCAGGAGCUCAAGAGCCGCGGGUUCGAUCCCUCUUUUGGAUGGGUUGCUAACCAGGAGCGAAGGACUCAGCAGGUUAAAACCAUGGACCCUCCGUCAGCUCCCGGCAAGAUGAUUCGUUGACAGAUCUCUCGGGCCAACCUUCCCUUUCAAAAGCAUAGGAAAACCUAGCCGAGACGGUCAAGCGAUUGAGAGUACUUUGUGUGGCUUUUAUUUUAGUUUCGGGGCUUUGUUUUAAUUUCCAGGACUGGAAGUCGGACUUUCGUACUCCAUUGUAAUAACAGUAAGCUAUGCUAUCUCAAGUUAUAUCACAACAACCUGGAAAUUGAAGGGAAUGAUCCGUACAGCGGAUUACAAGGUA